CUGGGCUACCGGGAAGGCCCAGGCUGGGGGUGGGGAGGAACUUAGCUGGGGGGCUUGAGGCCCGCCGGCAUCCCCUGCUCUUCAGCCGGGGUUAGAACAGGUGGCGCGGGCCGGGCUUGGCGCUUUGUGUCGGGGCGCAGGGACUCGGUGCGGGCGGCCGCUCCCUUCCCUCCCCUGCUCCCCCGGGCGGCCGCCGGUCGGGUCGGCUGGGUAACGGGGAGAGUCGUCAGGAAUGUGCCUCUGGGGACGCGUGGCUCUCGGAAGGGGAGGUGGCAGAGUGGCGGGAGGCGCGGGAGCCCAGAGGAGGCGCGGGGGUGUCCCCGCAGAGCGGGCAGGGAGAUGCUUUCUUCUAUCCAGGCGCGUUCCGCCGGGCGCGGGCUUCAUUCUUUCACGGCGCCCCUGGGGGACUGGAAGCUGAUGCAUGAGGGACCCACCUAGGCGUUGGAGCGGUGGUGAUGGUUUGGGGAGCAGAGCUGAAGCGUGCUGGGCUUUGGUGAGGCGCGACAGUUUAUCAUGACCGUGUUCAGGCAGGAAAACGUGGAUGACUACUACGACACUGGAGAGGAACUUGGCAGUGGGCAGUUUGCCGUGGUAAAGAAAUGCCGGGAGAAGAGCACAGGGCUGCAGUACGCUGCCAAGUUCAUCAAGAAGCGGAGGACCAAGUCCAGCCGGCGGGGCGUGAGCCGCGAGGACAUCGAGCGUGAGGUCAGCAUCCUGAAAGAGGUGCAGCACCCCAAUGUCAUCACCCUGCAUGAGGUCUACGAGAGCAAGACGGAUGUCAUCCUCAUCCUGGAACUUGUUGCAGGUGGAGAGCUGUUUGACUUCUUAGCUGAGAAGGAAUCACUGACUGAAGAGGAAGCAACUGAAUUUCUCAAGCAAAUUCUGAAUGGUGUUUACUACCUGCAUUCCCUGCAGAUCGCCCACUUUGAUCUUAAGCCUGAGAACAUAAUGCUUUUGGAUAGAAAUGUCCCUAAACCUCGAAUCAAGAUCAUUGACUUUGGUUUGGCCCAUAAAAUUGACUUUGGGAAUGAAUUCAAAAACAUAUUUGGGACACCAGAGUUUGUUGCGCCUGAGAUAGUCAACUAUGAACCACUUGGUCUUGAGGCAGAUAUGUGGAGUAUUGGAGUAAUAACCUAUAUUCUCCUAAGUGGAGCCUCCCCCUUUCUUGGAGACACGAAGCAAGAAACAUUAGCAAAUGUAUCUGCUGUCAACUAUGAAUUUGAGGAAGAGUACUUCAGUAAUACCAGUGGCCUAGCCAAAGAUUUCAUCAGAAGACUGCUGGUCAAAGAUCCAAAGAAGAGAAUGACAAUUCAUGAUAGUUUGCAGCAUCCCUGGAUCAAGCCUAAAGAUACACAACAAGCACUUAGUAGAAAAGCAUCAGCAGUCAACAUGGAGAAAUUCAAGAAGUUUGCAGCCCGGAAAAAAUGGAAACAAUCCGUUCGCUUGAUAUCCCUGUGCCAAAGAUUAUCCAGGUCGUUCCUGUCCCGAAGUAACAUGAGCGUGGCCCGCAGCGAUGAUACUCUGGAUGAAGAAGACUCCUUUGUCAUGAAAGCCAUCAUCCAUGCCAUCAACGAUGACAAUGUUCCCGGCCUGCAACACCUUCUGGGCUCAUUGUCCAACUAUGACGUUAACCAACCCAACAAGCAUGGGACUCCUCCGUUACUCAUCGCUGCUGGCUGUGGAAAUAUUCAGAUACUUCAGCUACUCAUUAAGAGAGGCUCGAGGAUUGAUGUCCAGGAUAAGGGUGGAUCCAAUGCCAUCUACUGGGCCUCUCGUCAUGGCCACGUGGAUACUCUGAAAUUUCUCAAUGAGAACAAAUGCCCUCUGGAUGUGAAAGACAAGUCUGGAGAGACAGCCCUCCACGUGGCAGCUCGCUACGGCCACUCCGAUGUGGUCCAGCUUCUGUGCAGCUUCGGCUCUAAUCCUAAUAUCCAGGACAAGGAGGAAGAAACCCCUCUGCACUGUGCUGCGUGGCAUGGCUACUACUCGGUGGCCAAAUCCCUUUGCGAAGCAGGCUGUAAUGUGAACAUCAAGAACCGAGAAGGAGAGACACCACUGCUGACAGCCUCGGCCAGGGGCUACCAUGACAUCGUGGACUGUCUGGCUGAACACGGAGCUGACCUCAAUGCCUCUGACAAGGAUGGACACAUCGCCCUGCAUCUGGCGGUGAGGCGCUGUCAGGUGGAAGUCAUGAAGGCCCUUCUCGGGCAUGGCUGUUCUGUGGACUUCCAGGACCGGCACGGCAACACACCACUCCACGUGGCCUGCAAAGAUGGCAACGUGCCUAUUGUGGUGGCCCUCUGUGAGGCAGGCUGCAAUUUGGACAUCUCAAACAAGUAUGGACGAACACCACUGCACCUUGCCUCCAACAAUGGGAUUCUGGACGUGGUUCGCUACCUCUGUCUUAUGGGGGCCAACGUGGAGGCACUGACCUCGGAUGGGAAGACAGCAGAGGAUCUUGCUAAAUCAGCUCAGCAUGAGCACGUGGCAGGUCUUCUCGCAAGGCUCCGAAAGGACACACACAGAGGACUCUUCAUCCAGCAGCUCCGACCCACGCAGAAUCUCCAGCCAAGAAUCAAGCUCAAGCUGUUUGGCCACUCGGGGUCUGGGAAAACCACGCUGGUGGAGUCUCUCAAGUGUGGGCUGCUCAGGAGCUUUUUCCGAAGGCGCCGGCCCAGGCUCUCCUCCACCAACUCUACCCGGUUCCCCCCAUCCCCCCUGGCUGCUAAACCCACAGUCUCUGUGAGCAUCAACAACCUGUACCCUGGCUGCGAGAAUGUGAGCGUGAGGAGCCGCAGUAUGAUGUUUGAGCCUGGCCUCACUAAGGGGAUGCUGGAGGUGUUCGUGGCUCCAUCCCAUCACCUGCAUUGUUCAGCGGAUGAUCAAUCCACCAAGGCCAUUGACAUCCAGAAUGCCUAUUUGAAUGGAGUUGGUGAUUUCAGUGUGUGGGAGUUCUCUGGAAAUCCUGUGUACUUCUGCUGCUAUGACUAUUUUGCUGCAAAUGAUCCCACGUCCAUCCAUGUUGUUGUUUUUAGUCUAGAAGAACCCUAUGAGAUCCAGUUGAACCAAGUGAUUUUCUGGCUCAGUUUCCUGAAGUCUCUGGUCCCAGUAGAAGAGCCCAUAGCUUUUGGUGGCAAGCUGAAGAACCCUCUCCGAGUUGUCUUGGUGGCCACACAUGCUGACAUCAUGAACGUGCCCCGUCCAGCCGGAGGGGAGUUUGGCUAUGACAAAGAUACUUCUCUACUGAAGGAGAUAAAGAACAGGUUUGGGAAUGAUCUGCACAUCUCCAAUAAGUUGUUCGUGCUGGAUGCCGGGGCUUCCGGGUCUAAGGACAUUAAAGUUCUUCGGAAUCACCUGCAAGAAAUUCGGAGUCAGAUUGUCUCGGGCUGCCCUCCUAUGACACACCUGUGUGAGAAAAUCAUCUCCACGCUGCCUUCCUGGAGAAAGCUCAACGGGCCCAACCAGCUGAUGUCGCUGCAGCAGUUUGUGUACGAUGUGCAGGACCAGCUGAACCCCCUGGCCAGUGAGGAGGACCUCCGGCACAUCGUGCACCAGCUCCACAGUGCAGGCGAGAUCAACAUCAUCCAGAGUGAGACGGUGCAAGACGUGCUGCUGCUGGACCCCCGCUGGCUCUGCACCAAUGUUCUGGGGAAGCUGCUCUCUGUGGAGACCCCCCGGGCCCUGCACCAUUACCGGGGCCGCUAUACCAUGGAAGACAUCCAGCGGCUAGUGCCUGACAGUGACGUGGAGGAGCUGCUGCAGAUUCUGGAUGCCAUGGACAUCUGUGCCCGGGACCUGAGCAGCGGGACCAUGGUGGACGUCCCUGCUCUGAUCAAGACUGACAACCUCCAGCGCUCCUGGACGGACGAGGAGGAUGAGGUGAUGGUAUACGGUGGAGUGCGCAUCGUGCCCGUGGAACACCUCACCCCCUUCCCGUGUGGCAUCUUUCACAAGGUCCAGGUGAAUCUGUGCCGGUGGAUCCACCAGCAGAGCACGGAGGGGGAUGCGGACAUCCGCCUGUGGGUAGGCGGCUGCAAGAUCGCCAACCGGGGGGCCGAGCUGCUGGUCCUGCUGGUGAACCAUGGCCAGGGCAUUGAGGUGCAGGUGCGUGGACUGGAGACAGAAAAGAUCAAGUGCUGCCUGCUGCUCGACUCCGUGUGCAGCACCAUCGAGAAUGUCAUGGCCACCACCUUGCCCGGAUUAUUGAUCGUGAAACACUAUCUGAGCCCCCAGCAGCUUCGGGAGCACCAUGAGCCUGUCAUGGUCUACCAGCCUCGAGACUUCUUCCGAGCACAGACUCUGAAAGAGAGCUCCCUGACCAACACCAUGGGCGGGUACAAGGAGAGCUUCAGUAGCAUCACGUGUUUCGGCUGUCAUGAUGUCUACUCACAGGCCAGCCUGGGUAUGGACAUCCAUGCUUCAGAUCUGAACCUCCUAACCCGGAGGAAACUGAGUCGCCUUCUCGACCCUCCCGACCCUAUGGGCAAGGACUGGUGCCUUCUCGCCAUGAACUUGGGCCUGCCAGAUCUGGUGGCCAAGUACAACAGCAACAGUGGGGCUCCUCGGGAUUUCCUUCCCAGCCCAGUGCACGCCCUGUUGCGGGAAUGGACCUCCUACCCAGAGAGCACCGUGGGCAUCCUCAUGUCCAAACUGAGAGAGCUGGGUCGCCGGGAUGCGGCAGAUUUUUUAUUGAAGGCCUCCUCCGUGUUCAAAAUCAACCUCGAUGGCAAUGGCCAGGAAGCCUAUGCCUCAAGCUGCAACAGUGGCACGUCUUAUAAUUCCAUUAGCUCGGUGGUGUCCCGGAGAAACUUCCAUGCUUGGACCCCACUGUAUGAUUUAUAAACAGACAAUAUGUGAGUGCCUUUUGCAGAAGAGGGUGUGUUGAAAUCAUCUGAGUCAGCCCGGAGCUGUCACCAAGGAAAUGCUACCUCUCUGUCCUUUGCUGUAUGCUGAUCAUCGCCAGAGGUGCUUCACCCUGAGUUUGUUUGUUUUUGUGUUCGUUUCAGGGGUUGGGGGUGGGGAGCAAUGUCUAUGUUAUAUUUGGCAAAGAUAGGUGAGAAUGGA